CCUUCCCUCCCCUCCCCUCCGGCCGUCCCGGCAUGGGCCGCUGCUGCCUGUACUUGGCGGGGACCCUGUCCUUGCUGCUGCUCGUCACCAGCGUCACCCUGCUGGUGGCCCGGGUCUUCCCGAAAACCCUGCAGCUGCAGAUCAGCCAGAACGUCGUGCUGAAGAAUGGAACCGACGCUUUCGAGUCCUGGGAGAAGCCUCCCCCGCCCGUGUACAUGCAGUUCUACUUCUUCAACGUGACCAAUCCGAGCGAGGCGCUCCGCGGGGAGACCCCCGAGGUGGAGGAGGUGGGGCCGUACACCUACAGGGAGCACCGGCCCAGAGAGAACAUCCGCUUUUGGGACAACGGGACUAAAGUGUCUGCCAUCAACCCCAAAACCUACAUCUUCGAACGGGACCUGUCCGUCGGGGACCCUGCCGUUGACCUGAUCAGGACUGUAAACAUUCCUGCAGUGACAGCCAUGCGGUGGUCCCAGAACCGCUUUCUGAAGGAGAUCAUCGAAGGGAUCCUGAAGGGGUUCCAGCAGAGCCUGUUUGUGACGCAUUCCGUUCACGAGCUGCUGUGGGGCUACAAAGACGAGGUGCUGUCCCUCAUCAACGCCUUCCGGCCGGACGUCCCCCAGUACUUCGGCUUGUUCUACGGGAAAAACGCAACGGAUGACGGAGAGUACGUUUUUCUCAGCGGAGAGGAUGACUACCUUAACUUCAGCAGGAUCGUGGAGUGGAAGGGCAGAACGUCUCUCGACUGGUGGGCGACGAAGAAAUGCAACAUGAUCAAUGGCACGGAUGGGAAUUCCUUUCAUCCCUUAAUCACCAAGGACGAAGACCUGUACAUCUUCUCCUCGGACUUCUGCAGGUCGGUCUACGUCGGCUUCACCGACUCCGUGGACGUCAGAGGCAUCCCGGCUUUCCGGUUCAAGAUGCCCCGAGAACUCCUGGCCAACAACUCCGACAACGCCGGCUUCUGUGGGCCACAGGGACGCUGCCUCGGCUCGGGGGUCCUCAACGUCAGCGUCUGCAAGGACGGCGUCCCCAUUUUUUUAUCGGCCCCUCACUUUUACCAAGCGGAUGAGCAGUUCGUCGCAGCGGUUAAAGGCCUGCGCCCCGAGAAGGCCAGCCACGAGACGUUUCUGGACAUCGACCCGGUCACCGGCAUGAUCCUCAGAGCCGCCAAGCGAUUCCAGGUCAAUGUGUUCGUCCAGCAGAUCGACGGCUUCAUUGAAACAGGAAACAUUAAAACCACUCUCUUCCCCGUGAUGUAUCUGAAUGAGAGUGUCCUGAUCGACGAGGAUUCCGUCAGAAAGCUCAGAUCUGUGCUAAACACCAUGAUGGUCAUCACCAACAUCCCGUACAUCAUCAUGGCCCUGGGAGCGUUUCUGGGACUGCUGUUCACCUGGAUGGCAUGCCGGGGGCAAGGAUCCAUGAACGAGGGAACGGCCGACGAGAGAGCUCCUCUCAUCAGGACUUCCUAAGGGCUCCCCUCCGGCUCCCGCCCACCGAGAGGCCUCCGUCGGUCUUGGGCCCUCGUGGCGGGCCGGGGGCGUUCGGCGCGGCUCCCUCCCUCGCCCGCCCGCCGGCGGGUCGGCGGGCCGGGCCUCGGCCGUCGACGACGACCUCGCUAUCCCCGGCGGAUCGCCCCGCGGCCCGCUGUCCCUCCGUCUCUGUCUGUCUGUGUCCGUGUGGCUGGGUAGGUGUUUCGCGAAUAAACCCGCCUCUGCGAAGGCUCCUCUCUCUGGUCA